UUUCUCUCAUUUCAAAUCUGGUAUAUGAUUUGUUGUUCUUUUGUUGGAGAUUAUAUAUAUUAAUUUCUUGCUGUUUCGGAUCUCUUUCAAGGCAGCAGCCUCCAUCUUCUAAUAUCUUUUUGACCUCUUCCUUUAUUCCAAGAGUAUUUGUGUUCUUAGUCUUAGAAAUUAGAAUAAGUACUUCUUCAUAAUACAGUUCUUAUGGUUUGAUUGGCGUCCUCCUCAUCCUUUACACAGAGGCUAGUUAUCAAAAGUUUAAUCAAUUUUGUGUGCGUUUGAUAAGUAAAAAAAAUGGCAAGAAUAUGCACUGAACUUGUAAGGUUGGAAACAUAUAUUGAAGAACUUAGCUAGCUAGGGACCAUUUGCUUCAACCGUUGCAAAUGAGGUUUGAUCGUUGCAAGUAAUAUGUUGGAAUUUAAAUCUCAUUAUUUUGGAUUCUUUGUUUAGUUAAUUAGAAGAGAUAUCAUGUGGGAGACUAAUAUUUAAAUCAGAAACAAUCAUUAACUGAUUAUUAAUUAGUGAUCAGACACGGUCUUAAUUUCCGUAAUACUAAUAUUACCGUUCCUUCCCCAGCCACUCACUGAAGCUUGAUUCUUCAACCUUGCUUCUUGAAAUAGGCCAAAAUAGUAGAGCAGGAGUCAACCAAGAAUACUUUUAUAUAAUUCGGUGCAACUCACGUGGCAGACAAGGUCUUGCUAGUCAGAGCAAAAAGAUAUAUUAUCCUCACUGCCUGCCAUUUUUUUUCUGCUAGCUACCUCAAAUUUCCACAAGAAAAUUAUAUCUAUGCGGAUUCUAUGGUCGUAAAAUUAAUUUCUCCUACUGCUUGCGUUAUCCACUGCCAUCACUAUUGAUGACUGUCGAGUGGUCAUCGUGCCUUUUUCAUGCUCUUUAUAGACUAUAUAAACCAGCCAAACCAAACCACAUCGCUUAGCGCCAUCGUUUGUCUGGCAAUUCAUGUGCUUGCAAUACCCUCAUCAUGGGACAGAAUAUGAUUAUAGUAAUGGUGAAUUGGGUGCGAGAGACAUUCAUAUUUUUCAUUUUAGCAAUAUUUUCCAAGGCAAUUGGCACAAAUGCUUACUCGAGAAGAAGUGCACCAGCUGACAGUGUCCCUAACGAGUGCUUGAGCUGGAGAAUGGCGGUGGAGACCAACAAUGUGCGUGGAUGGCGCACCGUCCCAACUCAUUGCCUUGGCUACAUUGAAACUUACAUGAUUGGCGGGCAAUACGAGCAGGACGUUAACUAUAUCGUGGAACAAAUAGAGAGCUACGUUAGGGAUCUAGUUGUGGGUGGCGAUGGCAUGGAUGCUUGGAUCCUGGAUGUUGAUGACACCUGCAUCUCAAAUAUCUUUUACUACAAGGGAAAGAAAUACGGGUGUGACCCUUAUGAUCCUUCGGCUUUCAAGGCAUGGGCAAUGAAGGGAGGGUGUCCAGCGAUUCCUGCUGUACUUGGAUUGUUUACCAAGCUGAUCGACAGCGGAUUUAAGGUGUUCCUGCUAACUGGAAGAGACGAGGAGACGCUAGCCCCCUCCACCAUUGCUAAUUUGCAUAACCAAGGAUUUGUCGGCUAUGAAAGGGUGAUUUUUAGGACCCAACCUUUCAAAGGGAAAAGUGCGGUGGUUUUCAAGUCUGAAAUUCGAAAGCAAUUAAUGGAAGAAGGGUACAGGAUAUGGGGGAAUGUUGGCGACCAAUGGACUGAUUUGCAAGGAGAAUGUUUGGGCAACCGAACUUUCAAACUCCCGAAUCCAAUGUAUUGUGUUCCUUAAUGAAUCCAAAAACAAUAGGGAAUGCCCCUGCCUCCGCCUCUGCCUCUGCAAUAACACUUGACAUUGGCCUUCUCACCAGCAAUGGGCUUCUUCUUCUUCAUGUUUACUCGUUGACCAAAAUCUCAACCUACAUUUGACGUGUAAUCCUUGGUCACAAUGAAUUAAUUAAUGUAACAAUCAUUAACCAUUUAUAGAAAAAAAAAAUAAAGAGAGGAGCAAAUCAAUGCUCACUUGGUAUUUUCAAAUAAAAAGAAAAAACUAUUCACACCGAUUAAUUCAAUUGAUAAGAAUUUUGUUAUUAAUCACGUAGGAUUAAGCUCAAAGCAAACUUUCGACCAUGUUAAAAAAUUGUUUAUAAAUUUCAAACUAAAGAUUACAAGAG